AUGGCUCCUACUCAAGCUGAACUUGAAUCAUUGAAGGCCAAGUAUGCUGCUGCUGGUCAAGAUCAUCUUUUUACCUUUUAUGAAGAUCUUAAACCUGAAGAGCAGACCAUUCUUUUCAACCAACUUUAUAAACUUGAUAUUGAACGCGUUAAUCAAAUUUUCAAGAAAGCCACGUCAGGAAAUACUUCUGAUGUUAAAAAACAAAAUUUAGAACCGUUACCUGAUGAUGUAUUUGAUUCAGUAUUAGAUGCAAGUGAAGAUAAGAUCAAUGACUGGGAAAAAUUAGGUUUUAAUGCGAUCGCUCAAAAUAAAGUUUGUGUCAUUUUGAUGGCCGGUGGUCAAGGAACUAGGCUAGGCUCAACAGCUCCAAAGGGUUGUUAUGAUAUUCAUUUGCCAUCGGGUAAAUCCUUGUUUCAACUUCAAGCAGAACGCAUUCUAAGGCUACAAAAAGUCGCACAAGAUUUCGCGAAAACCGAAAAUGAAGUGAUAAUUCCGUGGUACAUAAUGACCAGUGGCCCAACAAGAUCAGCUACUGAAACAUUUUUCAAACAACACAAUUAUUUUGGACUAAAAGAAGAUAACGUUAUCUUUUUUGAGCAAGGGACUUUACCCGCAUUGACUUACGAAGGAAAAGUAUUUAUGGAAACAAAAUCUACUCUUGCCGUUGCUCCUGAUGGUAAUGGUGGAAUGUAUGCGGCCCUACGAAAGGAAAAGAUUCUUGAAUCAAUGAGCUCGAGAAAUAUUUGUUAUGCACACGCUUAUUGUGUUGACAAUUGUCUUGUUCGCGUUGCCGAUCCUGUUUUCAUUGGUUAUUGUAUCUCCAAAAACGCUGACUGUGGUGCCAAAGUCGUUCGUAAAACUGAUCCACAUGAAUCUGUAGGUGUUAUUGCCCUUCGCGAUGGCAAGCUUAACGUGGUAGAAUAUAGUGAGAUCGAACCUGCAGUUGCUGAGCAGAGAAAGCCUAAUGGCCAUCUAUCCUUUGGUGCAGCUAAUAUUGCAAACCACUUCUACACAGUUGAUUUCCUCAAUUGUAUAGAAUCAUUUGAAAAUGAACUUGAAUACCAUAUAGCAAAUAAGAAGAUUAAACAUAUUGACAUUAGCACUGGAGAACUGAUUGCCCCUUCCAAACCAAACGGCAUGAAACUUGAGCUCUUUGUCUUUGACGUUUUUCCCUUCACUAAACGCAUGGCAGUUCUUGAAGCUGAUAGAAAAGAAGAAUUCUCGCCUUUAAAGAACGCACCGGGUACCGUAUGUGAUAACCCCGAAACAAGCCGAAGGGACAUCAUAAACCAACAUGUGAGAUUUGUUGAAAAAGCUGGUGGUAAAGUCAUACCGGGUGAUGGUGAUUCACCUGAUCACCUUACUUUUGAAAUUUCACCAUUGGUUAGUUAUUCUGGUGAGGGCUUAGAAAUGUUAAAAGGAAAAACUAUCAAAACACCAUUUGUUUUUAAGUCCCCGGCUGAUUUUGAUAAUUUACUAUAA